AUGCCUUAUUGCUGGAACACCCAAACCUCUGUAUUCUUCUUACUUUUUGUGCAAGGUUUAACAUUUUCGACAAGCCCUUGGAAUCUGUACGGUGCUUGUCACGAAUAUGUUGAGAAAUUUGCAAGCGUCUCGUCAGAGAUGAUAAACUGUGCUUUAAACUAUUCGACUCCACCCUCCGUAUGCCUCCACUGUUUUGAUAAAUGGUUUUGGAAUAUCACAGUGGCAGGCACAAAAUGCUCGGAGGUUAUCUACAACAAUUACGUCGUGUCAUAUAACAAAGAGAUUGUUCAGUUUUUCACAGAUGUUAUCUGGCAGAAGUCUCGCUGUGAAUCAUGCUUCAAUUUCGAGUCUUAUAUGCAAAGCAAUGACUCCUUUCCCAAAUUUAGUGAUCGUACGGCCGCUAUACAGAAUAAAACUCUUGCUUGGCGAAGCUGCAUUGAUACUCACAGCUUCCACGCACCAAAUGAGUCCUAUUGUUCAAGUUGCAAGGAUGAAUUCAACGACAUGUUCCAAUAUUAUUGGGAGAUUUACACCAAACCAGGCAUCGACUUUUGUGUCGAUGUUGAAACCCAGAUGAAUGACACGAUCCACUUAUGGGGAAACGUUUGGAAUUGUCCUACAAAGGAUGAUGGAACAAGAGAGACAAAUUAUGUUGUGUACACAUUCGUUUUCCUUGCUGUAACUACGUUUUUGUUCUACGGAGCAAGCUACGCUCAGGGUGAACGAGAAUCAAGACGUUUGGUCCAAUAUUCACGCUUGGAUCCACCACAGGGACAACGCUCUCGACUGCUUUCGUCAGCCUCAAGCAGUAAUCUCCACGUGCCCUCUAAUUUAUACAAUUUC